UCAAAUGAUAGAAAAUGAAUAACUAAAAUGUUUUUAAAAUCAUGAUAAUCCUAUUUGCUCAGUUAUAAUCGAUAGAGAUUUUAAUAAAAAUGAAAGGUUGUUAUGCAUGGAAUGUAUGCAAGAUUUUAAUCGAAAUGUUUAAAUAAAGGGUAUUAAAGCAAUUAAUUAAUAAAUUGAAAACAACCUGAUGUAGAAUGGAGAAAAAAUAAAAUAAUUGUUAUUUCCAAAAAAGGAAUAAUUAGAGAGAUUAUAAUAGGAAAUAUAUGAUUGGAAAUCUUUUUUAUUAAACUAAAUAGAUUCGAUUUAAAGAGUCUUAGUAGAUUGGACUGAAUAAUUAAUACCAGAAAAUUUUAUGAAUAUUUAGUAGAGUUUCAUUGAUUUAUUAGAUUAAUAUUUAAGAAAUAAUGAUUAAGGCUAAAAAGAUUUUGAAAAGAAGGUUAACAUGAUUUUUAAAAUAAAUUAAGCCUCAUUUGAGAAAAUAAAUUAUAAAUUAAAAGAAUUUAACUAAAAAAAUAAAUAAACAUUUGAAAAAUUAAAGUUAACCUUUUUAUAAAUAGUAAAAGAUUCUACUCCCUAAGCAGAUCUUAAAUUAAUUACAACAAAAAGAUAAUAAUCUGAUAAUUGUUGGGCAAUGUCUUUUAAUCAUACAGGAUAAAUGUUGGCAUCAGGAUGUGGAAAUAAUAUAUAAAUAUGGAAUUUUUAAGAUAGUUAAAUGAAUGAAUUUUGUUUAUUAUAAGGUCAUUCUGAUGUUGUAAGUUGUUUAAUAUUUAGUAAAAAUUGUGAUAGUUUGAUCUCCAGUAGUUAUGAUAAUUCAAUUAGACUCUGGUAAUUAACUUAAGAAUAAGAAUGGAAGAGUUCUCCAUAAUAUUAAAAACAUUCAGAUAGAAUUCUAUGUUUAAUAUUAGAUAAAGAUGAAAGAACAUUGAUUUCAGGAAGUAAUGAUUCAACAAUAAAGGUUUGGUCUGUUGAUUUUAAUGAUUUCAAAUUGCAUUAUAGUUAUUCUCUGAUAAAACAUAAAAAUAGAGUUUUUGGAUUGUCAUUGAAUGCAUCUGAAAAUUAUCUAGUUUCUUGUGGUGAAGAUUGUUAGAUAAUUGUAUGGGUUAAAACUUAAAAUGGUAUUUGGGAAUUUUAAUAGAUUGUUAAUUAAUCAAUUAACAAAUGGGGAACUAAAAUAGCCUUUAUUCAAGAAAACGAAUUCAUUUGGCUUCCAGGUGAAUAAACUGGAAAUGAUUGUAUUUGCUUUUUUGAAUUAAAGGAUGGUGUUUUUCAAGAAUAAUAAGAAAAAGUAUUAAAAUUAUAAGAGAAUAAUCAAGUGAUUGAUUACAGUUUGUUUCCUAUUAUGGUUGAUAAUAGAAAAAACAUUAUUUUGUUUAGACAUAAAUUACAUUUUUAUUUGCUAAGAAAAAGAGAUCAUGGAAAAUAUAAGAUUAUGGCAAAACUUUAAUUUUUGCAUAAUUCAACUUUUGGAGCCAUAUCAAACGAUUCAAAAUUUUUACUAAUUUGGGAGGAUAGUCUAAAUUAAUCUUCGUUAUAUAGUAUUGAGCAUUUUUAAAUUUGA